AUGAUUUCAGCACCACAGGUUGUCAUCAUAGGUGCUGGUAUAGUCGGCACUAAUCUUGCUGAUGAGCUUGUAUCGCGAGGAUGGGACAACAUUACAGUAAUCGAGAAAGGGCCACUGCAUAUGCCUGGAGGCUCAACAAGCCAUGCACCCGGCCUAGUGUUCCAAAUCAAUUCCUCAAGGACUAUGAGCCUACUUGCGCGCUAUACAGUAAGUAAGUUGUUGUCUCUGGAAGAGGAUGGACAGACCUGCUUCAAUCAAGUGGGUGGUCUAGAGGUAGCGACGACCCCUGAGCGACUCGAAGAACUUAAGCGCAGGCAUGGAUGGGGCUUAUCGUGGGGCAUUGAUUCAGCCUUGCUCAGUCCUGCAGAGUGCCUCAAGAUUUACCCGGAGUUGAACGGAGAUAUGGUGCUUGGAGGCCUACAUAUUCCUAGUGACGGUCUGGCAAUGGCUGCCCGUGCGGUUCAAUUGCUUAUCACACGCACACGCAAUGCUGGCGUCCGUUACCUGGAAAUGACACCCGUCACAGGUAUCGAACAAUCUGAAGGCCGCGUCAUCGGUGUCACCACACCUAAUGGCAUCAUUGAUGCCGAUAUCGUGGUGUCCUGUGCUGGCUUUUGGGGCGUUGAGGUUGGAGCCAUGGCGGGCUUGCCGAUUCCUCUCCUUCCACUUGCCCACCAGUACGCAAAAACAAGCCCCAUACCAGCCCUUGCUGGCCGCAACAGCCCGUCGAAUGGAGCGAGCCUACCAAUUUUACGCCAUCAAGACCACGAUCUUUACUAUCGGGAGCAUGGAGAGCAGUAUGGCAUUGGCUACUAUGGCCACCGCCCUAUGCCUGUCACUGCCUCGGCACUUGGUCCAACCCCACAGCAAGUUGAUGAAAAGAACAUGCCGUCUCGGCUUGAAUUUACUCCAGAAGAUUUUGAGCCGGCAUGGAAUGAGUCCGGAAACCUUCUACCCGUCCUGCAAGGUAGUAAGCUCGUUGACGGCUUCAAUGGAAUUUUUUCGUUCACGCCUGACGGCGGGCCGCUCGUUGGAGAAUCGCCUACUCUGGAGGGAUUCUUCGUAGCAGAGGCUGUAUGGGUGACACACUCUGCUGGCGUGGCACGUGCAGUCGCAGAGAUUCUUACUACGGGGAGAUCCGAGAUCGAUAUUGCAGACUGUGACCUUUCGCGAUUUGAGGAAGUACAGCUUGCCCCGACAUACGUCAACGAGACUUCACAGCAAAACUUCAUUGGUGUCUAUGACAUUAUACACCCACUAGAGCCAAAAACUUCCCCGCGCAGCCUCCGGGUCAGCCCAUUCCAUGCCCGUCAGCGUGAGCUUGGUGCCUUGUUUUUGGAAAGUGGGGGCUGGGAGCGACCGCAUUGGUAUGAUGAGAAUGCAAAGCUAUUGAAAGAGUUGCCGGCGAAAUGGCAGCCUGUUGAUCGUGAUUCAUGGUCGGCUCGACAUUACUCUCCGAUUGCCGCGGUCGAAGCCUGGAAAACACGCACUGCAGUGGCUAUGUAUGACUUGACCUCGCAACGACGGGUCGAGCUUUCCGGUCCUGGAGCGGUCCACUUGCUACAACGACUGAGCACAGGUGAUGUAUCCGAAAAGCCUGGUGCCGUCAAACAUACGCUAUGGCUGGACGAUCACGGAGGCAUUCGCAGUCAUGUGAUCGUAGCGAGGAUGGAGAACGAGGCUUUCCACCUUGGCGUCAACAGCCCUUCGGAUCUGCUGUAUCUGAAGCGAGAAGCCAGCAAACAAAGAGAGCUCAAAGCACAACAUUGGGUACAAAUACGCGACACGACUGGUGGUACCUGCUGUGUCGGUCUCUGGGGCCCUCGCGCCGUGAAAUUAAUGGCGAAAGCAUGCACCGACGAUUUCUCUGACGAAAGCUUUCCGUACUCUAGCGUCAAGAGAGUGUUCAUCGGUGGUGUGCCUGUCAUCGCGAUGCGGCUAUCUCCCGUUGGAGAAGUGGGUUGGGAGCUUCACACCAGUGCCGACAACGGCCAGCGCCUCUGGGAUGUACUUUGGCAGGCAGGUCAACCAUUUGGAUUGAUCGCAGCUGGCAACUACUCCUACAAGGCGCUACAGAUGGAGAACGGUCAUCGAACAUUCGGCGUAGACAUGACGAGUGAACAUGACCCGUACGAGGCGGGAGUUGAUUCUGCUAUUGACACAGCAAAGCAGGGAUAUGUCGGCUGGGCUGGACUUCAAAAACGCUCUCAAAAACCUCACACUCGCCGGCUACGCUGCCUCACUGUUGAUGACAAUCGAUCGGUGGUACUUGGCAAGGAGCCAGUAUUCCACAAUGGCAAACCGGUAGGCUUUGUCACCAGUGCUGCGUUCGGGUUUACCAUCGGUAAGCCUAUUGCCUACGCGUAUCUACCUAGCACAAUCAUGGAAGGCGAGGCAAUUGAAAUUGAGUAUUUUGGAAAGAGGAUCCAGGCUACUGUAAAUUCAGAGCCACUGUAUGACUCUCGGAACAGCUAUCUACGUGGAGAACUACCGGCGAGGUCAGAUGUCAGACCUGCGAAAGAAGUCCAAAUGCUUGCAUCUGGGCUACUCAAGGCCCGCCUUUAA